AUGUUUCUUCUCUCUUUCCCUAUCUAUCUAUCUAUCUAUCUAUCUAUCUAUCUAUCUAUCUAUCUAUCUAUCUCCUUCGACAAUCAGUCUAUUUAUCAUGCUUUCCUUCAUCAUCUAUCUCUACGAGUCUUUUCUUUUUCAUCUGUGUACUCAUUUUUUUUAUUUGACCCUGUUUUGCCUCUCUAUCUAUCUAAUUUCGUUUUGUUCACAUCUAUCUAUCUAUCUAUCUAUCUAUCUAUCUAUCUAUCUAUCUAUCUAUCUAUCUAUCUAACUUCGUUUUGUUCAUAUCUAUCUAUCUAUCUAUCUAUCUAUCUAUCUAUCUAUCUAUGUUCAUUCAUUUUAUUCUCAUUAUGUUCAUAUCUAUCUAUCUAUCUAUCUAUCUAUCUAUCUAUCUAUCUAUCUAUCUAUCUCAAUUUAAUGUUCAUAUCUAUCUAUCUAUCUAUCUAUCUAUCUAUCUAUCUAUCUAUCUAUCUAUCUAUAGACGAUAAAAGUAACCUUGUCCGAGGUUACAACACUAUCUAUCUAUCUAUCUAUCUAUCUAUCUAUCUAUCUAUCUAUCUAUCUAUCUAUCUAUCUAUCUAUGUCUAUGUCUAUGUCAUUCGGUUCGUACCUAUCUUUAUAGUAACCUAUCUCAGUCUGUUCAAAUCUCUCUCUCUCGCUAUCUAUGUAUCUAUCUAUCUCCAUAUCUAUCUAUUCCAGUCUGUCUAUAUCUAUCUGAGUCUAUCUAUGUCUAUCUCAUUCUUCUGUUCAAAUCUAUCUAUCUAUCUAUCUAUCUAUCUAUCUAUCUAUCUAUCUAUCUAUCUAUCUAUGUCUGCCAGUGGCUCGUUCAGUGUACUAUCUCAGGCAUUCCACAGCUACCAAUCUAUUCCAGUCUGUUUAUAUCUAUCAUAA